UCAUCCCCCGGCGCGCGUCCAUAGCUUCCUCCAUGGAUCUCUCCUCUCACCUCCAGCUUCUCAAAGCUCAGCCUUUAUGGCUCCUUCUCCUCUCCUUCUUUGGCCUCUUCUACAUCCUCAAGCUCUCCUUCUCCUUCAUCCUGUGGUUCUACUUGAUCUUCCUCCGUCCCGCCAAGAAUCUCAGGCGCUACGGCUCCUGGGCCAUCGUCACCGGCUGCACUGAAGGCAUCAGCAAGUCCUUCUCUUUCCAGCUCGCCCGCAAGAGACCUAACCUCGUCCUCGUCGCCCGCAACCCAGACAAGCUUGCCGCCGUCUCUAAUGAGAUCCUUGCCAAGUACCGUAAGGUUCAGAUCAAGACUAUGAUCAUUGACUUCUCCGGAGACCUUGAUGAUGGCAUCAAGAGACUCCUGAAGACGAUUGAUGGGUUGGAUGUUGGGAUUCUUGUGAACAACGCUGGGAUCUCCUAUCCCUAUGCCAAGUACUUCCAUGAAGUGGAUGAGGAGCUUGUGAAGAGCCUCAUCAAGGUGAAUGUUGAGGCGGUGACGAGGGUCACGCAUGCCUUGUUGCCCGGGAUGUUGGAGAAGAAGUGCGGCGCUAUUGUAAACAUUGGUUCUGGGGCUGCUACUGUUCUUCCUUCUGAGCCGCUUUACGCUGUCUAUGCGGGCACCAAAGCGUACAUUGAUGAGUUCUCUAAAUCCCUUCAUGUUGAGUAUAAGAACAAGGGAAUUGAUGUGCAGUGCCAGUUGCCUUUAUAUGUUGCGACGAGAAUGGCAUCCAUCAAGAGGGCCUCCUUCUUUGCGCCAUCAUCAGAUACAUACGCCCGAUCUUCCGUAGCAUGGAUAGGCCUUGGAUCAAGUUGCACACCAUACUGGCCGCACUCCGUCCAGUGGUGCUUCGUAGCAAUGCUGCCAGAGAGUGUUGUCAAUAAAUGGCGUCUUGGAUUUUGCCUUAACAUCCGUAAAGAGGUCUGCUCAAGGAGUCAAACAAAGAAAAGCCCUUUGAUCUAUAUUGUUCAAGAUAUUUAUCUAGUUCAGUAA